AUGCAAUUGCCGCUGCCGUUCACCACAAGGAGCGGCCGCCCCGCCGACGACUCAGCGUCGGCGCUCAGUGCGGCCGCGGGAGUGCACAAGCACGACCCGUUUGCAGCAGCGGCGGUGCCUUCGCCUCGGCUGGCGCCCCAGCACCAACCAUUCUCAGGUCACCUGCUUUUUGUGGACACGGGCGCCUGCCUCAGCGGGCCCUUCGCGGCCACCCCGCCCUCGGGCGCGGCGGCGCGCGGCGCCGCCGCGUCGCCGCCCCAGACGCCGUCGUCGGGCGCGUCGCGGCCGCCCUCGGACGGCCAUGUCUCGCCGGCGGCCCAGGGCAGCGGCAGCUUCACGCCGCCUAGCAACUACACAGACCGCGCGGAGCGCACG